AUGGUUGUUCUUCCUCUUCUUGCCGUUAAAAAUAUUAUUGUUAAGGCUAGUAGAGAAAGAGCUGCAGAUAACUCAAAUUCAUCUCUUGGUGCUGCAUCCUUGAAAAGUACUAUGCUUGAGUAUCUAUUCUCGUGCGAUGCAGAAGAUCUUUUUCAAGGCAGAUGCAGGUGCUAAAAGAUGAACUACUGCGGGGCUCUCUAAUAAUAGGAAGCAGUGGAAUAAGUACAUGUAGUACAAGUAGUACAACUAUAGCAGC